CAACUACGAAAUUUCUUGGUAGCUCCUGAGAUAGGGUCUUUUUCUUUUCUGUUCUUUUGUAUCUUAGCUUCACCCCUGUGUAUAUCCCUAGAUCGGAAAGAAGAAGAAGCACAAGUAGCAAUGGGAGGAGGCAAUGGGCAGAAAUCCAAGAUGGCCCGUGAAAGGAACAUGGAGAAGCAAAAAGCUGCUAAAGGAAGUCAGAUUGAAUCGAACAAGAAGGCCAUGACGAUACAGUGCAAGGUCUGCAUGCAGACGUUCAUCUGCACCACGUCCGAGGUGAAGUGCAGGGAGCAUGCUGAAGCAAAACACCCCAAAUCUGAUGUGCACACUUGUUUUCCUCAUCUUAAGAAAUGAUAUAAUAUUGAGAAGUACUUGUAGACAUGGGUGCAAAGCCUAAUCUAAGAUGUCUUAUUGUUAUAAGUUCAAAGCUUGUGCAAAAGAAUCAUUCCAGACUUGAGGGAGGAAUAAUCAAGACCAAAAACCGAAAUCAAAGACCACAAAUCGGAAGGAUUGCUUUUCACAAGCUUUAAACUAAAUCCCAAUAACGCGAAGCUUUGCACCCAUAUCAAUUCAUAAGCUUAAUCUGUUUGUGAAACUAAACUGUUUGUGGAGUAUCUUGUAUCUUGUAUUAUUAUCGAUGCCUUUGCCUUAA